UCACCGCUACACACCUCAGCUUCUCCCUCUCCUCCUCUCCCUCCUCCUCCUCGCUACUGCCUUCCAUCACUCGCGAGGGCUGCGAGUUGUUGACGUAACCUUUGAACUUGUCCAACGGAAAUCACACGACUGAACGCCAGCCACACAACCAACUGUUGUAUACGUGUGUUGAGGAAGACAAAGGCGAGGGAUAUGGCGGGGAAAGGCGGCGGGAAGCUACACGAGAAGCACCAGCUCAUUCUGGCCAACAUGUUGAGGGAAGAGGAGAACAGAUUCUGUGCCGACUGCCACGCCAAAGGACCGCGAUGGGCGUCUUGGAACCUGGGAGUCUUCAUGUGCAUCAGAUGUGCCGGGAUCCACCGUCACCUCGGAGUACACAUCUCCAAAGUGAAGAGUGUUAACCUUGACUCGUGGACACCUGAACAGAUUGCUACCAUCCAGAAAGGAGGCAAUGGAAAGGCUAGGGACAAAUAUGAAGCUAAUCUACCAGCCAACUUCAGGAGACCACAAGAUGACUAUGGCGUCGAGCAGUUGAUUCGCAGUAAGUACGAGAGAAAGCUCUACAUCUCCAAGGAGUCCCCAGCCCCUGCCGUAACCACGGGGAACAAGUCUCGCUCCAGCCAUGCCCCUUCCCCUGCGGGAGUGGUGAAGGAGAAGAAGUCCAGCAGUGGCGGGAAGAAGACACACUCUCAACAGGAACAGAAGAAGGAACAGCAGCUGUUGUCAGUGCCACGCCCUCCUACUCAAAACAAGCGAUCACCGACUCCGCCCAAUACCUCUAGCUCUUCCCCCAACCUCAUCUCCAUGACAACCACAACAACGACAUCGUCGCCAGGGCAACCGGUGGUGGACCUAAUUACUGGUAUGGGCUCCUCGUCCUCGGGUGCUCCGGAAGCAUCGCCAUGGCAAUCAUCACUACAGCAACCAUCGCUUGGUGGCGACCCCCAGAAGGCAGUAAAGGAUAACAUUAUGUCACUAUACAGCAGCCAGGGUCAGAGUUCAUCUGGACUAGGGCACCCUCAGGCGUACACUGCCCAGGGUUUUCCUGUCAACCCCUAUCACUACCAGCAACAGCAGAUGGCUGCCAUGAGAAUGGCUCAGCAGCAACAGAUGAUGGCUGCCCAGCAACAAGUCAGAGAGGUAGAGGAUAAGAUGAGACAGCUAAAGAUGCAGCAAGGACCAGGGGGAGGAGGGCAGUCUCUGGUUGCUAAUGGCGACCCAUUCUUCCAGCCCACCCCGGUUGCCAGUGGCCAACAUGACGUCAUGUUUCCUCGCCAGUCCAGUGGAGGAGCAACUCUCAACCCUGGCCUGUGGUAGCCCCUUCCCCUUUCUCCUUAUCACAGCAUGUGACUGAGACAUACUGUAUAAUGCUUACUUACCCCAUACUGUGAUAUUAUGUGCAUUGAUAUAAUGUACACAUGUGUAGGCAUUUUCCUCUAUUUAUUAUUACUUUUUGUAUAUAUCAUUUUGUUGACCGACCUAUUU